AUGAAUUUUAAUGUGAAUGUUUAUAAUGUAAUUAUUACUGGGUUGGCGUUUUUCUUUCUUUUCACUCCGUUUCACACAGCAUCCUUAACUGCACAAAGUGUUUUAGAAGCUGUUUCGAAACAACGUAACAGCAGUUUUGAUGGCGCGGCUUACACUAGCCUAGCGAUUGUUUAUAUCUCAUUCGGCUUAUUCAAUUGGUUCGCUCCAAUUGUUGUGAUGUAUCUUGGAGAAAUAUAUUCUAUGAUCGCUGGUUCAUUCUGUUAUGCUGUGUACUUAGCUUCUUAUAUCGAACCCGUUGAGUGGAGCUUGUAUUUGGCAUCAUUUGUAAAUGGAAUUGGUGCAGCAGUGUUGUGGACUGCUCAAGGUGUGUUCAUUACGGAUUGUUCUACCAAAUCUAAUUUAAACCAGCAUUUUAGCCUGUUCUGGGGAUUAUUUCAAUUUCAUCAAAUAGUUGGUAGUCUAUACGCUUACCUAUCACUAUCGAAUAUAGAUGAAAUCUCUCGCACUUUGCGUAUUCAGCUUUAUGGCGGAUUACUAGGAUGUGCUAUUUUGGGAAUUUUAUUAUUGUUCAUGCUCAAAAAGCCUCAUCAAACGGAUAGCAUUUCGAACCAGCUGUUAAUUGAUGUGGAGAUAAAUUCCCUCGAUGAAAGCGUAAAUGAAUUAUCUGCAAAUUUUCCAACAAUACAAAAUCGUUCAACAGUUUUUCAAUCGGUUUUACACACAUUACGUAGAUCAGUUAGUAUCCUAAUGACAAAACCAAUGAUUUGUAUACUUGUGGCAGCAGCAUUUACUGGCAUUAAUUUGACAUUCUAUUCAAGUCUAUAUGCUUCUGCAUUAGGACAUUGUUUACAUUUUGGUAAAAAUGCAAAAUCUUAUAUUGGAUUGGCUGGUCUAUUCAUUGGAAUUGGAGAAAUAGCCGGCAGUUUUUCUUCACAUUUAAGUCGAUGGAUUCGCUUAGAGGGAAUCCUUAUUAUUUUUGGCUAUAUCAGUGCAAUUAUAGCGGGUUAUUUCACUUUCAUGAUGCUGCCGAAGAAUAGUUUUAUAAAAGAUACAGAUGAGUUGUCUUAUAUCACUCCCAAUGUCUAUUUAGCUAUGUUCAUAGCAUUUUUAUUUGGCGGUGUGGAUUCUGUGUGGAAUACACAAAUAUCUACUUUAAUUGGUUUUAUUUAUGGUGAUCAUGGAAAGGAUGUUACAGUAGGCUUUGCCUUGUUUAAAUCUGUUCAGUCUAUUGUUUCGGGAAUCGCUUUUGUCUAUAGCACUUACCUACUAUUACACUGGCAAAUAUUAAUUUUUGUUUUAAUGGCUACAUUUGGUUUGUAUUGCCUACUCAGUGUGUAUUGUUCGCAUAUAUCUCGCUCAGUAAAUUAA